CCUCUGUGACUCCACGCCUCCGCACGUUUUAAUGCCGUGGUGUCCCCGCGGGAUGAAAUUUCAGCAUUACAGCUGGGGACUGGCUUCCCGGUCCCAGAUGGGAGAGCCUAAGCAGGUGAAGUCCUUGGAGACUGGCUUCUCCAAAAUCAAAGCUAAGUCCAUCAUGAUGACUUCUGACCCCCAGAAGUUCCUGCGGUGUGAACUGGAGUCACUCAAGAGUCAGCUACAGGCCCAGUCAAAGGCUUUCGAGUUUCUGAACCACUCUGUGACGAUGCUGGAGAAGGAGAGCUGCCUGCAGCAAAUCAAGAUCCAGCAGCUUGAAGAGGUGUUGAGCCCCACAGGCCACCAGGGGGAGAAGGAGAGACACACGUGGUCCUUGGAGCAGGGCCAGCCGGAGCUGGGCGGGGCCCUUGCCCACGGCCUGAAGGGGCUGCAGAAGACCCUGCGGGACAGCGAGGAGGUGCAGCGGGCCCGCCUGCAGCUGCUGGCCCAGGAAAUCCGGGACAGCAAGAAGUUCCUGUGGGAGGAGCUGGAAUUGGUGCGGGAGGAGGUGACCUUCAUCUAUCAGAAGCUUGAGGCGCAGGAGGAUGAGAUCGCCGCAAACCUGGCGAGCAUCCAGAAGGUGCAGAAGACGCAGGUGAAGUGUCGCAAGAUCCUGACCAAGAUGAAGCAGCAGGGGUAUGAGACAUCUGCCUGGCCAGAGACAGAGGCGAUACUGCCAGGAGGCAGUGGGUGCUGGAAGAAUGACCUUCAGAAGGAACUGAGUGACAUAUGGUCUGCCUUGCAUGUGCUGCAGAACUCCAUCGACAACUUCACCAUGUCCUCGGGGGCCCACCCCAGGACCUCAAGCCUCAGGGGUCACAAGGGGCACCAGUGCCUGAGCCCUCCGCUCCCCUCCUGGGACUCAGACUCCGACUCUGCCCAGGAUCUUUCCCAGCCGCCUUUCAGCAAGAGCCGGUCCUUCCUGCCUGCUUGAGCAGCCGGAACUGCUCUCCCUGAAGACUAGUCCAGAGAGAAAAUAAACUAGCCAAGACCCUCCUCUA